CUGGCACCCGGCCCAGGGGCCAUGAGACCAGCGUGCUCUCCUUAGUUUGGUCUCGACUGCGGGAGCGCGAAGUGGUUUGCGGGUCGAGCACGCCAUCGCCAAUGCUCGAACCGAUUUCUCCUGUUGUUUUAGUCUCUGGAGACGAGCCUCUUUAGGUUCUGUCCCCCAUCCACGGCAGUGUUACUAGAAAUCCAUCAUUUGAGGUCAUUUAACCACAAUUUCACCAUUGUAAAGGUCAUUGUUUUCUGUAAUAGUGGCAACUUAUUCUAAAUAAGUUGCAACGAACAUUAGUUUCUCUGUAAACAUAUAUCACUUCGUGCUACGACCAGACUUCUGUUAAAUAUCUGAAGUGUGGUGUGAGGCUGUGGAGGCCACAGGUUCACGCUUGCUCCGCCACUCUCCUCCACACACACACAGAGAUACAAAUACAUCUCUUAUUUUUUCCCCAAAACUCUUCCACGUUCGCUCAGUCAUUCGGUUAUAUUAGUAUAUCAUUUAUCAGGAAACACCAAGUCUCACGCAUCCAAUGUGAUAUCGACGCGUGUGUGUUUAUUAAGGCAGUGGGAGUGCGGGACAACAAGGACGCACUAGGGGUGGAGGGCCACCUCGUAGCAUGAAUGAAAACACCUCUAGAGUGCUGAACGGCCACUUAGGUAUCAACGAAGCCCACUCCGUCCCCAGCAGCGCCGCCGCCGCCAUGGGCAAGCUCUCCUCCCCAGAGAACACCAUCACCAACAACAACAACAAUAACGUUACCGCCAAUGGACAAAAAAACCCAGCAGGACGAGAACUUCUACUGAUGACUUCAGCUCAUGAAUCAGAUGGUCGUGGCGGCACCGGAGGAACAGGAACGACGCGGCGUGGGGACCCUCGAUACCUGGAUGUUAUCAGAGAAAGGCCCAUCAGGGUGACGGUCAAGGUCCUGGUUCCCGUCAGAGAACACCCUAAGUUCAACUUCGUGGGGAAGCUCCUGGGCCCAAAAGGUAACUCCAUGAAGCGCCUACAGGAGGAGACGCUGACGAAGAUGGCAGUACUGGGUCGUGGCUCCAUGAGGGACAAACAAAAGGAAGAGGACCUCCGCGCCUCGGGAGACCCUAAAUACGUCCACCUUCUGGAGGAUCUCCACGUAGAAAUCACGGCCUUCGCGUCGCCGGCAGAAGCCCACGCCCGGAUCGCCUACGCCCUGGCCGAGGUCCGUCGCUACCUCGUACCAGACAACAAUGACGACAUCAGGAAGGAGCAAAUACGGGAGAUGGAGCUGAUCAGUGACCCACAGGCGGCCGGCGGCGCUGCAGCAGCCACAGAAGGCGGCGGUGGAGGCGGCGUAACUGGAGAACGUCCACCUCCCUCCUUGACGCCUCCAGAACUCCUCUCUCCUGACGGUCCAGACUGUCGAGGCGCCGUGGUGGGACCCGUGCCCCAAGGUCCCCCUCUACCCCCAGGUCUUCGCGGGCGUGCACCGCCGCCCCACCCACGCCUCCUGGCCGCCCGCGGUCUCCCGCCGCUGGUGAGGAAGCUGCCAGCCGCCCUUCCGCCUCCAGUACCUCCGCCACCUGCUAAACGCCGAGUACUCUCUAUCCUGGACAAGGCCAAGCUCGCCCUCGACCACAGCUACGGCAUUCACGAGGACGACCACCGUCACUAUUCCUUCGAGACCCCAGAAUUUGCUUACGACGACUAUGCUGACUACGGGCCCGAAGACUUUGCUGAGGUUUACAGUGGUGAGCCCUACGACGGGGCGGGGGCCGGGCGCUGGUUGGCCUACAAGCAGACUCUGCCCUCUGCCAUGGAACGGGCAAGGUGCAGAACUUCGCCUUAUGCCAGACCUAAAUAAGGUCUAAUUUUUCCCGUCACGAGUCUGCAUAAGGUCCAAUUUUGCCCGUCUAGAGUCUCCAUAACACCGUCGAAUGCGCCCAUCGCGUCUAACUGAGCGCCGAAUGCACCUGUACUAGUCGACCUUCUCUAAAGUUAUACUAUAAUACUUUAUUUUUAUUUUGCUUAUGUAUUUCAAUAAUAACCAAUACGCUAGUCCCCUAAACAUCACUUAAACCUGUUACUUCUGAUAUCCUUGGUAAUAUUUUAAUGCUAUAAGUACAAAUAUGUAAAAGUCCUUAAAAUCGUGCAAUGAAAGUUGGUAUUGUGGAGUCUAAGUACAUAUUUUCCCCUAAAACAUUUGUCCCAUAAUUCUGACCCUCCUCACUGGUAAAUGUUCGACUAUCACUCACUAAAUGUCCAACCAACAAUUGGUAAAAAGAACCUCCUUGUGAAGUGUAGACAAAAUGUUAGCAAGUUAGUUCAACGUCAUUUUAAGCUCUGAUUAUACCAUCAUGAGAUGUUCAUAGAAUGUAACAAUUAUUUUGAUAAAAGGAUAUAUUGUAAAGAAUGUGAUCAAAUCAGCUUAACUGACUCCUGUGUCAUUCCUUAGAAUGUAUUUUUGUAUAGUUAUAUAAAGUUGUAGAGAAAAUGAGCGUCCGGUUACACGUAACACAAUGUUUCCGGGGAUUUAGUGUGUAUUGAAGAGGCCAGCUGUAGUGUCUACAAGCCUUGAUGACCAUGGAAGAGUAAUUUUCAAGGCCAGGUAGAUACUCUGCUCUCGAAAGAGACGUAUUGUUCAUGCAAAUCAAAAUCUAUUUCUAAUCUCCACUUUUUGUGAUAAAAAAAAGAGAUUUUCAAUUAAUGUUUUCUGCAAAUAUAUGCUGCAUAUAUUUUGCAAUAUAUUUUGCAAUAUAUAUAUAUAUAUA